AUGGUGGAACACGAGCCGGAACCCAAGCGCUUCGAACCCAAAGUCCCUGUUCAGCUGGAUCCUCCAAAGGAUGACCCGAUCACAGUGGAGGAAUUGUCCAAAUGCGACGGCACGGAUCUCAGCCGCCCAACUCUCGUCGCAAUCAAGGGGAUUGUUUUUGAUGUGAGCAAAAAUCCUGCUUAUGGCCCCAAUGGCCAGUAUCACGUUUUCGCUGGAAAGGAUCCUUCCCGAGCCCUUGCCUGCUCAUCUCUGAAGCCUGAGGAUUGCAGGCCGGAUUGGUAUGAUUUGGAUGAUAAGGAGAAGACGGUGUUGAGUGAAUGGUUUACCUUCUUCAGCAAGAGAUACAAUAUUGUCGGAAAGGUGAAGGAUGCUACAAACUACUAG